AUGCAAUUCUUUCUACUUCAGUUGCUGGUGCUUCUUCUACCUCUUGGGAAGGCUGUGGAGCACAAACAUGGUAAACAGAGCCACAAUUAUCAAUUUCUUCUACAAAGGAAUCGCAGAGACUUACUUAGAGACAACCAAGAGGAAGUUGAGGAGAAGCCUGACUUGUUUGUUGCAAUGCCCCACUUGAUAGGGGCUGGUUCUUCCAGGGAAAGACAGAAAAAGAGAGAAAAGUUGUUGUCCAGGUUAGGGAGAUUCUGGAAGAAGCCUGAGAGAGAACUGAAUUCACCUCCAGACUUGGCUAGUGAGCACAUUCCUCCCAGGACGAAGACCCUCACUCAGUCAUUGUCUGGGAUGCAAAUAGAGAAAUCACCCCUUCGGGAAGAAGCCAAGAAAUUCUGGCACCACUUUAUGUUCAGGAUGAGUCAAGUUUCUCAGGGGGUCGUCUUGCCUAUCAAAAGCCAUGAAGUGCAUCAGGAGACCUGUAGGACAGUGCCCUUCAGUCAGACUAUAACCCAUGAAGACUGUGAGAAAGUAAUUGUACAGAACAACCUUUGCUUUGGGAAAUGUGGGUCUGUCCAAUUCCCUGGAACUUCACAGCAUCCUCAGGCCUUCUGUUUCCACUGCUCACCCGCCAAGUUUACUACAAUGAAUUUGCAACUGAAUUGCACUGACAUUGGUCCUGUGGUCAAGGUGGUCAUGGUGGUGGAGGACUGCCAAUGCAAGGUGAAGAUGGAACAUGAGCAUGGGCACUUCCUCCAAGCUGAAUCAGAGGCUAAUGCCCAGGAUUCAUUUAUCCCAGGUUUUUUCUCUUAA